GGCCUUAGUUUGUUUUUUAAUCCACAGUACCAUCAAUCUUUUUAUACAACUGUUGUUUGCAAAUGGCGACGCCUUGUAAACAAAGCUUCCGCACUCUAUUCAAUGCCUGUCUUAGUAUGCUGGAUAGGUUCCAACAAUCGAAUUAUAUUAUUGUUCUCAUAAAACAAACAAUUACAACAAAACAGCUACUGAUGUAUACCAAAGAUGUGUAUACUCUCAUACUUGCGUGUCUCAUACUUCAGGUGGCCGAGUAUUCAAAAAAAAAAAAAAAGUAAAAAUGAUUAUAGAAUAGAGCCAGAGGAUCAUUCUCACUCUCAGUGGUCAGUGGCAGUGGUGGAGGGCUUUGGUUUCGUUUGUGUGCUAGCUUUGAAUUUGAGUGAGUAUGAUAACUGACAAUAAGAAUAAGCGUGGACUUGGUGAAUUGGCUCGUUUGUCAGCUGAACUUUGUGAUAUACUUGACUCGGUGUCAGUUCAUGCAGUCUGGACUGCUCACCGAUCCCUGUCCCUGUUACUGUUCUCUUUGUUGUUGCAGUAGCAGUACUUUAGAACCAUGGCUGGGAAUUUCAGUGUUGCAUUUGUGGCUAAUUGUGUGUGUCGAGAUUUUGGAACACAAACUUUUAUUACUUUUGAGGAUAUGAAUCUUCUUAUUACUGGCAUGGUUCCAGAGAAGAUUUCAAUGGGCGAGAAAUCUGGACAAGAGAGACACAAUAAGAACAUUUUUUAUCAUCAGGCCACAGAUGACAGUGGUAUGGACCCUACAACACCAGACAAUACUGCGGUUGCUAGGACAAUAACAAAGUCCAGCAGAUCUGAUACUGAAAUAGGAUUGCCUGAAUCUCAAUUGAUCAUAGAGCAGUCGGAUAUAAAAGCAAAGCACAGAUCUGCUGUUGUCAGUGAUCAAGAAAUUUUGAAAAAUGGUCACUGCAGUAAUUACAGCCCUAAAAUGAGUGAUGAGACCACAACGUCCCUGAUUAUUCCCUGUAAUGACGAGUAUGGAUUGACAAAAGCUGAGAAUGAUGGUUUUAGGAAUUCUGUGAAUUCACCACUAAGCAAUUUCCGUAGUUUGUCAGAGAAAGUUCAAAGUUCUGACAGAACUAAAGGAAUGACAAUUUUGAAAAGAAAAACUAAACCUUCAGAUACAUCUAAUAUCGAUGCUAACGUGAAGGAUGGAUCUCAGACAAGGCCCCUUUCAACAUGUCAGUAUUGUUCUAAAAAGUUCUCCAAAAAAUACCUUCGGGUUCAUAUGUGGAUUCACGAAAAAGAAAAACAGUUUUCUUGUGAUCUGUGUAAAAAGAAAUUUCUCAGAGCACGUGAACUGAUUUCUCACAAACGCACUCAUACUGGAGAACGGCCUUAUUCUUGUGCUGUUUGUUCGCAGAAGUUUGUCAGUGCCAGCUCCUUGCGCAGACAUGAAUUGCUUCACAACAGGGAAAGUGACGAGAGCAGGCAACUGGUUUCAUCUUAUGGAUGUGAUAUUUGUGGAAAGGUGUUUGCACAGAAAGGUAACCUGAAUGUCCAUUUAAAAACCCACUCAGGAAUCAAAGAGCAUGCUUGUACACAAUGCAGUAGGAGCUUUGUGAGCAGUGGGGACCUCAAGAGGCAUCUUCGAGUACAUUCUAAAGAAAAGCCUUUCACUUGUAUAGAAUGUGGCAAGUCCUUCACCGCCAGUAGUUCUCUAGUCUGUCAUAUGAGGGUGCAUACUGGUGAGAGGCCGUACAUUUGCUCCGAGUGUGGUGCUUCUUUUAGUGUACUCAGUCACCUUAAGCAACACAACAAAAUACAUGAAAGGGGAGACUUAUGGCCGAGAAAGAAAAAAACUUUUCAGACCAGAGACAAAUCCUUGACCAAGAAAACUCAGAAAGAUGACUCAAGAAAUGUACAGAGUGAAUCUUCAGCACGCAGCUCCCAGCUCGAUGUAUGUCAAGGACUUUCCAGUCUUACCAAUAGGCUGGACCAGUCAGAAAACACAAAUUGCUUAUAUCAGCAUCACUCGCAAGAUGGACUUCUUUUCUCUGGACCUGAUAGUGUCACUAAUUACUUUAAGAGCAGUUCUUUGUCUAACUCUCAGGUUGUGAACUUUACCGACCCCAAUGCUGUGUGUUCUUCUGGUGACACUAUAGCAGUUGUGAUUCAGAACUCAUUGGAAGCUCACACAGGUCUCAUCGACAAAAACUUUGUUGAUCAGCAACCUAACACUGAUACUGAUGAUGACAUUGGUGGACAUAUUGUGUCUCUAUCAUCAAGUACGUUGUGCCACGCAGAUGUCAACAGGCAUACUGAGAUGUCAUUUUCUUCCUUUGGUGUGGAUGAAAUUCAAAUACUCUCUUACAGUGGCGGCAGUUUGAAUGCUGAUGAUGUUUCUCGAGUUACAUGUGCUCCUGUGGAGGGGAGUAUACCCGAGUACAUUCCGGAUGUGUCAUCACAAAAGCUGUAGCAGACUAGAGUAGGAUAAAUUGUUGUUUUUGUUGCGCAUGUAUCAUUUUAACACAUCAUUGUGCCAGUAGGAAGUUGAUUUGUACUAAUUUUCACUAUUUACAGGAACUGUGAAUAAGUAUAUUGAUUAUAAAUUAUCAUAUUAUUUUUACCUCAGUCCUUAUCAAACUGAGGAGAGAGGUGGAGGUGGCCCUGGUUGAAAAACAUAAGGGGUCUUUCUUGAAAUUUAUUUGUUUGGUAGUUUUCCUGGUUUUGUACUGACUCAGCACAAUCUUGUCAGUGAUGAAUAUUGAACCAAAGAUUCUAGUUUUAAAUGAAAUAACCUUAUGCGUUGUGUCAAAAGGGGUGUCAAACCAUUUUCAUCUUAUACCAAACCAAAUGUGUGGCGAGCUGCGAAAACCGUUCGGAAGUCGCUGUGCUUACUUUAGAGCUAGGCCGUCUCAAAGGUCAUUUUGGGCUUUCCUAUGAAAAUUGAGAUUUUUGCACCAAUUUGUUAUUCAACAUCUUAACUUUCAUCUCUAGAAAUAUUAAACAAUACUUUGGGAUGGAAAUAUGUCAAUUUUAAUUGUUUUCAGCAUCACCCCCAACCGAUAUGAUUAGCAAACACGGCUGAUGGUGCUGAAGAGGACUCCGAAAAUCCAUCUCUUUUUGACCGACUUUUCCGAAAAGUAUUUUGAGACAACCCCUACAUAUCAUACAUCGUUGGAAAGCUCAGUCUGUGUACUAGCGAAUAAAAAGUAGUGCGCAUACCUUGAACAAAGGAGCAUGGAGUGCGCAUCCAGAUUAAUGCGCCACUAUGAAUGUUUGUAGUAAAAAUCAAGUGCCGAGUUUAAGCACCAAUAUGUGUCCAUAAUUGCCACAAUUCUUACCUGAAAUACACCCUUAAACUAAAAAAAACUACUGGAAAACUGUUAAGAGGCAAUAGUUUGUUAUUUUAUCGAAAUAAAGAGUAAUAAUUUGAAAGAACAGCAUCUGAACCCUGACCCGUGCCCAGACCCCGCUCACUUUCAAAAUGGCGAGUCCCAGUGGAAAGAGUGUUGAGACACUAGCUCGUCUGUUGAAUUUAAACGCUACAGAUACAGAAGCUUACCAAGAAGUCUUUGAUGCUUAUUUUGGUGACAGACAGGAAUCGGAAAAUGACUCAACUACUGAUGAGGAGCAAUCCAGUGAUGGUAAGUAGUUUAAAAUUGUUUUUUAAAGGCUCUUCCCAGUCUUUCUCUGUUUCGACAUGAUGCUUUGUUUACAUUCUCACCCUGACUGUUUAAUCAUGAUAAGUCAUGACCACAUAUCAAAAUGUAGAUAGAUUUAGAUAUAAGAUGACCUCCUGUUCUGUAAUAGAUUCUGUUAGACCACCUUCAGUUUGUAGGUAAAUUCUAAAGUAAGCUAAAUCUAGAUCUAGAUCUAGACUUAAACUCUUCUUGUGUCCCAGACCCCUGAAUUUCUGAAACAUGUGUGCACCUUUUGUAUUGUAAUUGUUGAUUAGAAACGCUGGCUACAUUCUAGAUCUAGAUCUAUAGAGCAUUUGAUUUUAUCUUUUCCUUUAAAUGUUAAACUUGUGUCAUCUUAAUUUAUACAUUGGCCCACAGGGGUAGAUUAGAUCAGUUUUCUCAGUGCCAGUAAUAAUAAUAAUAAAGUCAAGUAAACUUAACUUCGGUUGAGUGGUUGAGAUUGUGCUGUGGACUAUAAACCAUUUGGCAUUAUCUUUUCCUUUAAAUGUUAAGCUUUGUCAUUUUAAUUCAUCAUACAUUGGCCUACAAGGGUAGAUUAGAUCAAUUUUUCCAGUAUAAUAAGUUAAAGUAAACUUUACUCUGGUUGAGUGGUUAAGAUUGUCCUACAUUCCUACUGCAACUGCAAAAUAAGCUGUUCUUAGAGCU